AGGCCCCCGUAGUCCCUCCAGACACUCACACACACUCACACACACACACACACUUCGACUCUGCUGACUCAGCGACACGUCUCGUGAACAUCUCCGAUUGGAGCGGUGUCCUGUAACGGGCCAGGGUUGAAGAUGCCAAACUGGGGCGGGGGAGCCAAGUGCGGGGCCUGUGACAAGACCGUCUACCACGCCGAGGAGAUCCAGUGCAAUGGCAGGAGCUUCCACAAGACCUGCUUCGUCUGCAUGGCCUGCAGGAAAGGUCUCGACAGCACCACGGUCGCCGCCCACGAGUCCGAGAUCUACUGCAAGUCCUGCUACGGCAAGAAGUACGGGCCCAAAGGCUACGGAUACGGGCAGGGAGCCGGGGCACUGAGCUCUGACCCUCCUUCCAGGAACCUGGACCUUCAGCAGCAAGAAUCCAAGCCCCAUCGUCCGUCGUCCAGCCCGAACUCCAGCAAGUUUGCGCAGAAGUUCGGGGGGUCGGACCGCUGCCCGCGGUGCUCAAAGACGGUGUACGCGGCCGAGAAGGUCAUGGGCGGCGGCCAGACCUGGCACAAGACCUGCUUCCGCUGCGCUUUGUGUGGGAAGAGCCUGGAGUCCACCACCGUGACGGACAAGGACGGGGAAAUCUACUGCAAAGUUUGUUACGCCAAAAACUUUGGACCGAAGGGAAUGGGCCUCGGGAAUCUGGGAAUGGUGGAGGACAGGGGUUGAAGCCUGUGGAGGUGUGCCAUGAGGAAUCCAACGUUCAGCCAUUUCGGGAUGAAGAUGAUCUUAUUAAACUCACAUUAAUCGCUAGUUAUCGCUAAAUGUUAAGUUGUUGGAAAAAUACUUGGUCAAAAAGCAGCUAGUACAGUACCUAGUUCAGAUUUAUUAGGCAGACAUGAAGUAGUUCCUUUGAUGUUCUUUGUUCCUUCCUUACAAUAGGGUAGACCUAGAGCAGGGGGUGGGCAAUUCCGGUCCUGGAGGGGCCAGUGUGUGUGCGGGUUUUUGUUUCCACAGUUACCCUGUCUAAAUGAGCUAAUUGGCUGUACCCUCCCAACACUGGUCGACUCAUAGAUUAGGUCAAAGUAAAGCGUUUCAUAUAGGGACACAAGAACAGGCUUCGGCUGUCGUUCACGUUGCUAAAUGUAGCUAAAAUAUCAGAUGGCGUAAU